GGGGGCGGCGCGCGAGCCGGGGCGGGCCGGGCCCGGGCCGAGGAGCCGCCGCCGCCAUGGAGCUGGGGCAGGUGCCGCUGCGCUUCUCCCGCCUGCCCAUGUUCCCCUUCUUCGACGCGGCGCAUUACCUGGCCUCCGUCAUGGCGCUGAGGGAGCAGCGGGGAGCAGUGGAAGUGUCACGCCAGAGUCCGAUUGCAUGUUGGUUUAGUGCAAUGCUUUACUGCUUUGGUGGGUCUGUUCUGUCUUCCUUGAUGCUUGCAGAGCCUCCUGUAGGGUUCCUUGCAAACAGCACUAAUGUCUUCCUGGCAUCUUCAGUCUGGUAUCUUGUAUUUUUUUGUCCACAUGACAUAGUCUACCGAUGCUUUUCCUUUCUGCCUCUUCGACUGAUGGUUGCAGGAAUGAAAGAAGUGACAAGGACUUGGAAAGUAACAGCUGGAAUUGCACAUGCAAACAGUCACUACAAAAAUGCCUGGCUUAUCAUGGUAGCUGUUGGCUGGGCCAGAGGAGCUGGUGGUGGCUUAAUCUCUAACUUUGAGCAGUUGGUGAGAGGUGUUUGGAAACCUGAAAGCAAUGAACUUCUGAAGAUGUCCUACCCUGUAAAAGUGACUCUGGUAGGUGCAGUACUCUUCACAUUGCAACAUGCCCAGAAUCUACCAAUAGCAAGACACAACCUUAUGUUCUUUUACACCACCUUUCUAGUGGUCACAAAGGUAACCAUGAUGUUGACACAAUCUGCAGUUUCUCCAUUUGCUCCUUUUGAGUCUGUGCUGGGCCGUAUACUCUUUGGUUGGCAACAAACUCCAUCUAAAGUAAAGGGUGAGGCCAGAGUAUCUUCCAACGGAACCUCUUCAGUCUGUGACCGUUCUGCUGGAGAGGCCAGUGAAAGCAUUAAGAAAAGACAGGCAAAGAAAACAGAAUAAGUGGCCAAAUAAUUAUCUUGUUACAUGUGACCGUAACACUUAGAAACAUUUCUAUUUCAAAUGAUGGGGAAAAGAAAACAGGAUGUAAGGAAAUACAUGUGACAGACUGGCAGCAGUGAUGAGCUUUGUGCACUGCUGCCAUGAAGCAUUUAAAGUAUAUUUUGUAAAUUGUAAUUCAAAUGUUGGGAAUGUGUGUAUCAUGGUAGACCUUUCUAACUUAAAUGGUACUAAAUAAGAUUUUAUAGUGAUGAUGAUUUUAUUAAAUGAGAGAUUUAUUGUGAUUUUGUUUUUAUAUUUAUGGAGAACUAACUUUUAAAUGUAACCCCCCUGAAGUUAGUAACAAAAUGACAAUCAGAUUUGACUAUUUUUUUCUUUAUAGUUUAUUUUUGCAUAUAUUUUCUGUUUUGAUUCUUGUUUUUCAGCUGAAUAAAAUGGAUAGUUACACACAGUAGCAUAUUCCAAGGUAUGAAAGGCUCGUGUAGUCGUGUUCAAUUGAGCAAUGGAGUUAGAGUAAAAUUUUACCAAACGUUCACAUUGCGUGAAUAAAAAAUUAACAUUGUAAAUAGUUUGCACUGGAAAUGUGCCAAAAACAAGGCCUUUGUUCCCUAGAAAAAAAUGUGAAUUACUAUUAUAAUUCAUGUUGCACUGAUCUUGAUUCUUAGUCACAAACUAGAGAAUAUUUUUCAUUUUCUACUUUCCAGAAUAAAAGUAAAUUCUCUUGCACUUCAAAAAAAAAAAAAAAAAAAAAAAAAGAUAUUUGGCAAAUAGAAAAUUUUCAGUACUAAUGUUUAUCCAGCUAACUCACUUUGAUACUGUCAGCUGAAAACUUUUGAUUUAUGUUUGCUGUUCUGUAGGCAGUAAAUCCGACAGUAACGUAAUAUCCGACAGUAACGUAAUAUUACUGUUGUUAAAUUGUUAAUGUGCAUUUAUAUUGAAGCAUAUGGUUUUUAGUAUUUCUUCCAUUUUCAUUUUGCUGUGACUGGAUGUGUUCUAGCAUGGCAUCUUAUCCCAAAUAUCUAACCUCUUCUCCUGCUUUCUAAGGUAGACCAUCAUUGUGAAAGAAGAAUUACAUGUUGCAAGAAAUACCCAUUUUCCCAAUCCAGAAUGUUUAUCACCUUAACCUUCUCCGCGGCUGUAGGGUAAAUACAUGAAUGUCGCCUCCUCCCAUACUCUUGCCUUUUCUGCACUAGUGUUUCUAUUAAAGUCUCCCAUCAUUUUGCUGCUACCAGUGAAGCUGCACCAAUGGUAGCAAUGGCAACAGCACUGAUGCCAAACUUGUGUGUUCAUACCUCUAUCAUUUAAUCCUGUUUAGAUUAGGGGCAUAUGAUGUGGUGAUAAAAAUACUUGUGCCCUGUCUAUUCUACCACUUAUGCUGGCACUAGGAUGGGUGGAGCAGUUAGUUGCUGAUGGUAAUGAGUAAGAGUACUCCUAGUGUAAGAUGCGCUGUAAUUGUCCAUCAGCUUUUGCUGAAAUGCCUCUUCCUGUUCCUUGCAUAUGUUGCACACCAGUUGGGUAACUCAUUUCUAGCAGCUAUUGUCUUAGUGAAAGUCUCUCAAUUCUAGACGGUGGAAUUAGUGUUUCAGAGAUGUUGCAUUUUGUGAGUGGCAUCUUUCAUUUGGCCUGUCAUCAUUUUGUCGUCAAAACUGUUUUCUUCUAUCAACACCAGUCUGCAAAAGCCUAACUUUUGUCUGACCGUGAGCACUUUUGGAGCAUUUCUGUAGUUAAAUUAAACCAGUUAUCUCCAUGUGAAAAUGGCAAAAGGGAAAGAAAAUGUACAUUUCUCCUCAGACUGUAGUUCAACUCUGAAAAAUGAUUGUGGGUAAACAGUUAUCCAAGUUGCUGAGGGGUCAGAUCUAAAAUCUGCAAAUGAAAUUCCAGUUGCAAGGUAGACUUCUGAAUUUGAGAUAAUCUGAGUUCGGAUAUAUGCAAAUGUGGCACCUUAUUCAACAAACCUCUGAUAUGGAAAUAAAGAUGCAGAUAGAAUGCCAUGAUGCUACUUCAAGUCUCUUCUCAGAUAAGAACCCAACUUUAUAGUAAGCCUUAGAUUUUAGGCAGUAUCCAGGUAACUGGCCAUGUAUUUCAGGUCUUAUUAACUAAAACGACAACCUACUUCACCAUGGAAACAAACACAUGAAAUCCAGCUCAUCAUUGGGUAAAAGUCGUAUGAGUCUAGUGCCUAAAGGACAAAAUAAUGUCAGAUUCUUGCCUUAUAACCUUGGGGCUCAGUUUGUUUUUCAGUAAUAAGUGGUAGGAGCAUUGAAUCUCCUCAUACCAGAAUAUUAAGUACCCAUAUGAUUUUAGGUUCUACAGGGCUAUUUGUGUGCCAUUAAAAGUAACUACUAAUUACCUAGUUAACAGGCCGCUAAAAAUGAGAGACCAGUAACUGCAGUACUUCCUGCACAUGUAAAACUUUCAGGUAACUCUUACAUCCCUAAGAAAUGUAUUAAGAUUGAGAACAAGUGUUCAAAUACUUCAUAGUCCUAGACUUGGCACAGUGGGUAUGAGACGCUUUUUUCCCCCCAGGUGACUAUUGUACUACUGUGAAAUACUGGCCAAUAUCUGGCUAUUUUUAGCCCAAAUGGAUAUGUGAAAAUAUGUUUAGAAUUACUUUAAGUUUAUAGUAAUUUGAAGCAGAAAAUGUGGUGUGUUUAUAUUCAGUGUGGAUUUAUAAAAAUUACAUUAAUAAAAUAAGUGGAAACA